AUGAAUAUUUUUAGAAAGCCUUCAAUGCUUUCUUGUGGCCAUUCAUUUUGUGCAGAAUGCAUACAGCACUGGUUGAGCGAGAACAUAUCUUGUCCAACCUGUCGUACUGACACCCAGGUACCAAUAAGAAAUAUUGCGCUUGAACAGGUUGUUGAAGAGUUUCGGUUGAGCCAGGAAUCUCGUGUGAGGUUUUCGAAACAGACGAAUGGAUUUGAGCCAAGUGGUUCCAGCAGUCUCAACGCUAUUUUACGUCGGCAAGUUCUUAGAGGAAGCCGUAGACGUACGAGGUUUUCCAUAAUCGGACCAGAAAUAGUUGUGGAUGGGCCUGGCUCUUCAACUGAAGCGCUUCCUGCAUCGAGUCGUGAAGCUAGCUACCGGUCUGUAGGCUCUUUACCUCGAGUAGAUUUGGACGUCAGUGAAGAAAAUCCUAUUUGUGAUGCAAAGCCAGUGCUCUUUCGACGACGCUACUUCCGGGACGGGCAUAAAAGUGUAUCAGAGCCGUUGGAGAAUAGUGGAUUCGAGAAUGAAGACAGAAUGGUAUCACCGGCUAGUGAGGAGCCUGUCUCGAUCCCUACGGAACCACUGGUAUCCACUGAAGGAGUUCAUCCAACGCGUGGAAGCGACAAAAGCGAGCAGUCGUGUGGUCCAUUGUGCGUAUACUCUGGUUUUGGUCGCACAUUCGAGAGAAUACAUCCAGGCGAAGAAAUAGCUAUUGCAGUUUUCGGCGGAAGGGGUGUUGGAAAAACCUCCUUGCUUGACAUUGCCACGCUAUCAUGUGAAGGUCGGCAUGGUAUCGCCCCAUUAGGUCUCACAGAAAGAAUGCGUCUUGGUGGAAAAAACAAUCAUUCCGAAUACAGAUUUGCACACAUGACGAGCAUAACUGUGGAAGCUCGUCACCGAACGUUUGUCAUCGAUCUUAUAGACGCAGAAUUCGAGGACGAUCAUUUGAUUGCGCACACGUCGUACAUGAGGGCAGCGGACGCGGCGAUAUUGCUAUACUCUUGUUCGGAUUCUGCCAGUCUUCUUGCGGCGAUGUCAAUUCAUCGUCAGCUAGCA